ACACGCGCGCACAGAAAGAGCGCAAGUAAGAGUGAGCGAGGGUGAGUGGGAGGGAGAGCGUGGAGAGGGAGAGAGGGAUCCGACGCGAUUGAAGCCACUCAUCGCCACGGCAGUGGAGACGACCUCCGUGGUGGUGGUGGCGCGCGCGCGGUUCGGCCAUGAACGUCAGCGGCACCGCGGCCAGAGCCAACGGCUCCGCGUCGCGCAACGAGCGCAACGAGGCGCUGGCGAGAGCCGAGGUGGCGGUGCUGUUCGCCAUGUUCGCAUGCACCACGCUUGGUAACUCGGUGCUGCUCACGGCGCUCUACCGACGGCGCAAGCACGCGUCACGCAUGCACGUGUUCAUGGUGCACCUGUGCCUCGCCGACCUGGUGGUGGCUUUCUUCCAGGUGCUGCCGCAGCUCGCGUGGGACAUCACCGACGUGUUCCUCGCGUCCGACUUCGCCUGCCGCUUCAUCAAGUACAUGCAGAUCGUGGGCAUGUUUGCCUCCACCUACAUGAUCGUGGGCAUGACGGUGGACCGAUACCAGGCGGUCUGCUUCCCCAUGGUCACCUUCAAGAAGCGUAUGGCUUACUGGAACGCGCCCGUGUGCGCCGUGUGGGUGGUCUCGCUGCUGCUCAGCGUGCCCCAGGCGGUCAUCUUCGCCAAGGGGGAGGUCUACCCGGGCGUCUACGACUGCUGGGGGACAUUCCAGCCCAUGUGGGGCGUCAAGGCGUACAUAACCUGGAUGGCCAUGGCCAUAUUUGUGGUGCCCACCGCCGUGCUUGUGUGGUGCCAAACCAAGAUCUGCCGCGUCAUCCGGCUGAACAUCUACUUCAAGACGCCGCAGGUGCACAAAGACAAGCUGCUGCUGCGUCGGCGGAAGCAGCGGCGGCGGCGUCAGCAGAAGCGGCAAGAGGACGAGGAGGAGGUGGCCGCCCUGCACAGGGGUCAGACGCACGCUGUGACCAUGACCCGGGUGAGCAGCGUGACCGGUGUCUCGAGGGCGAUGGUGAAGACGGUGAAGAUGACCCUGGUCAUCGUGAUCGUAUAUGUCCUCUGCUGGUCGCCGUUCUUCGUAGCGCAGCUGUGGAGCGUGUGGGAUCCCAAUCCACCGUUCGAAGGUGCCUUGUUCACCAUCACCCUGCUGCUGGCAAGCCUCAACAGCUGCACCAACCCGUGGAUCUACAUGGCGUUCAGCGGGAGCACGCCACGCGCCCUCUUGUCCUGCGUGCUGUGCCGUGCGCGGAGAGGCGGCGCCGGUGGCAUUGGUGGCGGUGGCGUUGGCAGCGAUGACGGCAUUGGUGGUGGCGGUGGCACUGGCGGUUGGGUGCGGAGCGUGCCGGGAGCCACGGCGCACGAGGACUCGAUGGCGACCAGCAGCGUGCAACUGGCGGGAGCUCUCCGCUCGCAGCACGAGGAUGACGCGGAACAAACCAACGAAUUAAUUAGGUCGCGCACGAUUAGCGCGUGAUCGGUAAGGAUCCCAGCAGAUUUUAAAUUAAGAGACCCCAUAUCACCCGGGAGUGUUCUUCUGGUCCAGGGGCUCGGCAGCCUGCGGGCUCUGUAGCCGCAUGCGGGACUGCUUCGUGAUGUAAUUUAUUAAGGACCGUCUCGUAUUCACAUGCAUUGUGGCUCUUGAAAUAUUGAGUUUACUGAAUUCGAAAAAAGGCUCUUCUUGUUAUUUUCGUUGCCGACCCCUGUUCUGGUAAAAAAAAAACACUUGACCGACGUUCCGAAUACUUUAGAUAUUCAACUCUCGGUCAGGGUAUUACUGUUAAGAUUGCACUUGUUUAGCCAGUAAAGGUUGGCUACCUACGUUGCGAAAGAAGUUCGACAUACAUACAAACGUGUCACUGACUCGCGUGGCUCUCCUGCCUAGCUUUUGCAAGGGGAGCAAUGAUUCUGAUGUGUAAACCCAGUUGAGUGAAGUAGAAUAUGGGAAUGGAAUUGCAAUGUCGACCAGUUAAAGGAAAGAAAGGGUAAACCAAGCCUUUUAAAUCCCCAGGGUCAAUGAAUAGGGCACCAUUUUGUGGAAAGACAAUAGCGGUCAAACUAUAGAGGAGGAAUGACAAUUAUCACGGUAAUGUGGAGUUUCCACCACAAGCUCAGGGCCACCAUUGGAUAUGAGCCGCAUCCCAUUGCUCAAUUGAGUGGGUAGAGGGAGCAGCAGGGGCGAUCCGGCACGCCUGUUUCAAAUAUCACUUGCCACUGAUGUUACCCGUGGCUGGACAUCGAAGCAGGGAGGCUGGGCUCAUCGUCACAAUGCGGGGAUGCCAGAUGACGCGCGAUUUCCUGUCCUAAGCAUCUGCAAUUCAUUAGCGUUGGCCUGCAAUUCAUUAGCGCCGCUACCCACCCCUCACCCACCCACCCAUUAUAGUGCCACCACGAGGCCCCCCCUACCCCACACGGCGAAUCACGUGGGCACGCAGCACAGGAGAGCUGGUAAUCAGCUGUGGGCCAGUGCGUGCACCUAGCCGCCACAGGACGCAUAUCCAUCGAUCGGUCUCCGCUCGCUCAGCGAGCAUUUUGUUCGUUUUGGGAACAAAUGGGUCUAAAUUCAAAUUGCUCAUUAGAGAAAGAAUUCAUAGAAAGGAGACUAUCCUGUAUGUGGUCGUUGUGAAAUCACCCCCAAUGUGCUAUGCGUGCUUAAAUAGAUGCUCACUAACCACACUCAGCUCAGUAGCUCUUAUGUACACAGGGAAUAUUUGUAUAUAUGUACACAGUAUAUGUUUGUAAUGCAUGUGCCCAAUUGUGUAUAUAUUGCGAUUUAUAUUUAAGAUGUCUGCAUGCAAUCUGUUAUAUUAAUCAAUAUUGUGACAGGUACUGUGGGUCUAUAUGAGUAAAAUAAUAUUUUCCUGUAUAUGAGUUGUUCUCAGCCAUGGCUGACAUCAGUGCUGAGUAAUAUUUGAGUAGUAUAUCAACCAGUUCUGGGCCAGCCCUAGCCUUAAACGCGUAUCUGUAUUGUGCAACAACAUCAACUCUGGGAAGAUAAAACUGUCCAGGCCUGGUGCUGGCCAAACCACAACCUUCUUGCACAAUGCCUAUCUUCUAAGGUGCUCGCUCAGAGCACUAGCCCCAAAAGUCUACAUGAGGAUCUUUGUCUUUGUUUUGUUUAUAUUUGUAUUGCUGCAAUCGGAAUACUAUGCUGAAACGUUUCCCUAUUUCUAUAACAUUACAAAUCUUCACAGGCACAGUUGCAUUUUUAUUUCCUAACUUAAUAUAUUUUUUAUGAGAAACAUUGAAAAACGCGCUCUGGGUAUAUUUGCCCUCUUUACCGAAAUUACUCCCAACAGCAAACACAAAACAACGAACAAAGAGCACACAAGAUGAAAAAUAAUUACAGUAUGUUGAGAGAAUGAUGUGCCUUUGCAGAUUUUAUACAAUACGGGACAUUACUUAUGAAUGUAAUUGCACUGGGUGUUUGAACACUGCAGAAAGGAAAUGAUCUUAUUGCAUUAACGUGUUUACUGUGAUAUCACUGUGGAACACAAUUUUUGUUCCUGGGGAGUAAGUGUUAUUUCGUAAUUGCUUAUGCCUAAAAAGUAUAGAAAAUGGCUAUUAUUCCCCACAAACUUUGCUUUUGUGACCAGGACAGUGAUAUUUU